UAUGUUUUAGAUGUUUUUUUUUCGAUAUAUACAUUGCUGGGGGAAAGACAUACGUAGAUUUAGCUCCAGCCCAGAGAGAAAUCUUGCAUUCUGCAUAAAGUCCUGUAGAUGGCGGUAAUAACAGCUAGUUUGUCAACCACCAAUAAACGCCAGAAAAAAGGCAGUAGAAGAAGAAAAGCCGGAAGCCAAACAUGGAGGAACGAGAGGCGUUAAAAAGGCAAAUAGAUCUGCUUCAAAGUCUCAUCAAUAAACAUAAGAGUCUUCAUGGCGACACACCGAGAGCUUCAGAGGUGUCCACAUCAUCCAGAGGGAGGAACCACAGCACGUCUGUCAUUCAUCCACACAGCUUGAGGAGGAGCCCUUUAACGAACCAGAGCCACGGCAGCUGGAAGAAGACGUACUCUCUGAAAAACAAGAACCCUAUUUCGACUGUCUCAACCUCCGUAUCUCAUAGUUCAUUGCCACCGAGCCACGCGGUGGGAGAGACAAGUAGCACAUCCAAACCCUCUACUGCGUCAACGAAGAAAGUUGGACAAGCGGAAACUGGUCUCACGGGAAUUAAGAACAUCGCCAAAGCGAAAAGGGUUACUUCUGGAAAAGUGCUGGCUGUGUCUCAGCCCCCUUCGGUCGCAAAAUGUAUUCAACCACAAAGGCAGCAACAGAAGGGUCCUUCAGAAAUCCGCUCUCCAGCCAAAGACAACACCCUGACCAGUGUGCAAGCCAAACCCCAGUUAUCUUUCCUUAACAGUAAAACCAAUCAAACUCAGACCCAACAUCUGGACGACAAAAAACAAACAGUCCAAAACAAAAGCUCAUCAACUCAGUCUUCCUUUGCAAAGGUGCAAAAACAACCUUCACACCAUCCCUUGUCACAGUCAAACCAGGCCAGAGGCAGGUUUUCAAAGUCCAAGUUUACUUGGGUUAAGAACCAAAGUGGUGGAGGUACGGAGCCUAGCACGAGUAGUAGUAGUCGUGCUGUUUCUUCACCCACGGGUAGAACUUUGGACUCCAAAGUUGCAACAUUAGGUGGAAGCACCCUGUCGUCCCCCGGCAUCCGAAAAACCCCUGCCAAAAAGUUCACCCGGAAAGCCAUCCCAACCAUCCCAGCUCCCAGGACAUCCAAGUACCAAUGGGUUUCAUCAGCCGCCAGGACCCAAGCUAAGACGUCUAGAAAAUCACUCUCUCCCAAAUUGCCGACCAAUACUCAGAGAUUCCUGGAAAAAGGAGAAACUCCGAAGAAAAUAAAACCAGCCUCCAGUACCUCGACCAAAUUGAAAAAGAGAUAUGCAACGUGUUCUCCCGUUUCUCCAUUCAGUAGAUAUCGCUGGAAGGCUGGCGGCUCCGGAGCAGGAUGGGACCAUCGCAGAUCUUCCUUUGUUUGGACGUCAGAAAAAAUCAACAAGGGAGCAAAAAAGGGGCUGGUCUCUUCCGUGUUGCCUCAGUGUGCCGCCGCCCAAUCAUCUCCAAGUCCAUUCAAGCUUCGCAGCAGGAUGAAAAUCAUCAGGAGGUCUGAUAACAGUGGAAGUCCGUCGGUGAAGGGUGGCGUCCCAUCGGGUGUCAAAUACUCACCACGGGGUCGCACGCACAGCGCGACUCGAUUUCCAACGGGGGCUCGAAGGACACCCACCAGGGAGUUUGUGUCUUUUGGUCGGCACAAGUUAAGACGAGUCUCCCCCAGCCUAUUGAGAACAAGUCAAACCAUGUCCUUUCACUGUUCGCCUGCCUCCCAGAGGAUAUGUCGAACGCAGUACAAGAAGGUGAACUGGCCUGGCCCCAGUGUCGCACACACUCCCCCCUACAACGCCACCCUCUCGUGGAGAGCCAAAAAAAUCCAGUCCGCAAGGAGUUUCCUUCAGAGCCGCCAGAGAUCAUGUCACAACAGAUACCCAGCACCCUUGCACCAUUGGAAAGAAUCUAGUGUGUGUUGGAUUCGGGGUAGUCUCUACCAAGUGUCAGCCAAUAAGCUCUCCCGCAAAGUCUGUCACAACAUGGCCAUCAACCGAACAGGGCGAAGUUUCAACGCUUCCCACGUCUCUCCUACCAAUCUUGUGGCCACUCGCUCCAACAGCUCCCGUCAUUUGGCCAGCCGUGCAGUCCAGCGUAGUCUUACCAUAAUCCGACAAGCUCGUCAGAAGAAGCAGCCAAGACAGUACUGCAUGUACUACAACCGCUUUGGCAAAUGCAAUCGUGGCACCAGCUGUCCCUACAUUCAUGACCCGGACAAAGUUGCCGUUUGCACAAGGUUUCUGCGUGGGACAUGCAAACAGGCAGAUGGAACCUGUCCGUUCUCCCAUAAAGUAGCCAAAGAGAAGAUGCCGGUGUGCUCCUACUUCCUGAAGGGAAUCUGCAACAACAGCGACUGUCCCUACAGUCAUGUCUACGUUUCCCAUAAGGCGAAAGUGUGUGAGGACUUUGUCAGAGGUUACUGCCCCGAAGGAGAAAAGUGUAAGAAGAAACACACACUGUUGUGUCCUGACUUCAGUAAGACCGGUUCCUGCCCUCAAGGAGCCCGCUGCAAAUUGCAACACCGCCAACGUACCAAACGGACUGCUUCCACUCCCGUGAGACCUCGUAUCAGGCAACUCCCCAAAAGCCCCUGCUUGUCUGAGGUUGUUCUUCCACAAGGCUCUCAGGAAACACCAGGAACAUCUGCUUCAAGUUUGCUGGCACUGCCAUCUUUUAUCUCCCUCUCAAGUUCUCCAGAGGAGCCGGACACACCGGACACACUACAAGCCAAGACCUCACAGGUUAAAGACAAAAAACUGAAGAUCAAACCUCUGGUUUUGAGGAGCACAAAAAGCAGCAGCAGUGGAGGAGAACACCAAUGAUGAUGGUUUUUGACUGAAAUGAGUAUUGCAAUCGUACAAGGUGUAGUUUGUACACAUUCUGACCCGUGAAGAAGCAGUACGUAAGUUUUUAAGCCGUUCUUUUGUGUCCGUAUAGCAGGGUUUCCGAACACAUAGAAAUACAGCCAAGGAUGCCGGACGGCGGGUUAUUAAAAAGUUGGCACGUGAGCAUCCCCUCAAAGAACGAUACCUCCUCCUUGAAAAAACAUUUCUGGAACAUAUUUUGCAGAGUUUUUGCUGCUUGCUCACUGUGUUAAAUGUGUUGCUUAAAUUUUAAAACAUAACAGAAGGUAGCUUAACUUAAUUUUUUUGCUAAGCCACUGCACCUCCUCGGAAGUCUUCUGCCCUCACGUUUCUGAAAAAACUCCCUUGGCGCACAUUUGCACCUUAAACUAAUCUGCUGUCGGAGAUCACACGAUGUGACUUUGUGUGGAAAGGUGAUGACAGCAGCAGCGGCGUGCGUUCCUUUCGUGGCGAGAAACAUGAGCGUAAAAGACUUGAUAAUGACGCUGAUAGCGGGAGUGUUGUAGGCUCUGACCUCUCUUUGGUUGCUCAUGAAGAUGCCCGCUUGAUGGGGUGUAGAUAAUUAAAGAUGUAGAAACAGAAAAGCACUUGUUAAGCUAUAUUUUACCUGUCAAGCAAUCUAUAUAUUACUUGCUGUUUUAUUGUGUGGUUUUAUUUAAUUGACUUUCUCCUCGUUGCUGUUUAAGCUUUUGUAUUACAAUUCUGAGUUUUCAAAUAAAAGUGCCUUGUUGACUAGAA